GCUUCCAACUUGUUUGAUCAAGGUUACAAUAUUCAAGGCCUCAGCAAGCUUUCAAAACAUGUCAUGGUAGACAUGUGGAAGCCAUUUCCAACUUUAAUGCAUUAGUGACCAAAAUGAUGUCCCAUGCAAUUCCUUAUUUUGACUUGUACCAUAUGUUCCCAUAUUUAUUAAGGUGUCACUUGUCUUGCCUUUGCAUGUGUUUGUGAUUGGUGUCAUAAGUGGGAAACGACACCCUCACCUUUCUUUGAACACCCUGUAUUGACAGUUAUUCAUAAAAACAUGUUUGUGAUAUGGUGAAACUCGUAAAAAAGACUUCCCUUUCAGCAGAAAUUUCACAUGAUAAUAGAAAGGGAUUUGUUGAUUUUUGUUUUUUAAUGUUUAUGAAAAUGUUUUUUCCACUUUUAUUCCCACACACAGUAUUUUUAUCUGAAAGUGCAUGGUGGUAAGUCAUGAGGAAAAUGUGGUGCCCCUGUUGUCACAAGUACAAUUUAAACACGUUCAAAAUUAACUUGUGCUUUUAACUAAAAGACUGAACGAAAUGUUAUUAGUGUUGCUAUAUCUGCUUAUAUUUGCUUACUACUUACUUCACUACAUAACAAGACGUGUAUUCCCUAUUUAUUUUGCAUACUUUUAUUAUUGUUUCAGAUGCAGCAAAAAAUGCUCCAGUACUUGAUGUCAGCUUUGACAUUAACAAGACUGAAAGAUACACGGAGGAUAUACUCGGGGAGUAUGCGACUGUUCAAGUGCAAGGUUGAAAAGAAGCUGGAACUUUUAACGCAAAAGCACAUGAUAGCUGCCACAGAUUACCUGAUGUAUGUUGGGGUAAAGGAAGCUAUAAUUUAUAUUCUGAUGGAUGUGCUGAAUAAACCCUAUGAAGAAGUCAACUAUGAAUGUAAAUCAACAGAAUUUGAUGCCAGUCAAGUUCCAGGGAGGGGUGUCCACAUCACUGUGGAUGACGAAUAAUGACGGUUUGGUUCACACAGGGAGGAUUAAAAUGCCUCUGUUAUACAGGAUGACUGACCUGCUGGAUGUGUUGUGAUGAUUGUGCUUGCACACUGAUGUCAACACCCACAUAUAUUAUCUUUACAAGAAGUAAAAAGAUAAAAGUAAUUUGAUGUACACGAACCACAGUGACAUGUCAUUUUGUAACAUGAGUAUUUCUUUGUGUGACAAUGUGUGAAUUUAUUAGGGCUGCAACGGGUAACUCGGGUACC